GGUACUGACAAUUGGAUAAAAAGGGAGCAGGAGGCGUGAUUUUGGUGCUGCCUCGGUCUGAUUGGGCAGAAAUAUUCGGACGGGGAGAUGGCUUGUCUCUAAGGCUGCCUCGGGUGAAGGUGAGCUGGAGGGCGCGCGCGUGCGCACACAAUGCAGCCUAUGAUGCUGGUGGUGUCUUGAGGGAGCCCGUUGUAGUAACACGCAUGCGCACACCUUGGGGUGGCCGGUGGAGGUCGGGAUGGUUAUCUUCUCUGGCGCCAGUCUGAGGCGUUCACGCCCCCUCCCCCCCCCCGCAUCCCCUUGGUUCGCCGGCGGAAGGGGACAGGCGGGCGAAGCUGUAGGGGGAUGUCGUCCAGCCUCCGCACCCCGCCUAGAGUAGUUGUGUAACGCGGCCCCGGGAGGGACCGACCCGGCUCAGCGCGGUGCGGGCCAUGCCGGGAAGUGCCAGGUGUGGAGACCGUCUCAAGUAUAGGGGCCGGGGCUGCUGUCCCUGCUGUCUCCCCCGUGGCCCUGCAGGCGCCCCUGUGUUGUGAUUCCAGGUAGCAGGCCGCAAGUUAACGAUUUCCUUGUAAAUACUAGAAACUCUGCAAACAUGGCCUUUUUUUUUCUUUUUUUUGUACCUGGAACAACUGUUUGUCGAGGAUCUAGGCUCGUCUUCACUAGCAACGUUAAAGUUCUCCCCGCGCUAUAAAAAACCACCUCCAGGAGGGGAAUAGCUACCAGCGCUGUGCCGCGGCUACACAAGCCACGUUCGAGGCUGCCAAUGAAGACGUGCCCAUAGUAAAGCCUUGACCCUCUUUUGCAGAACAGAAUCUCCGUGGUAUAGACAGACCCUGAAUUGCAUCCAUAGCACUGUAAAGAAGACACUCAGAAAUCUUUUCUCAAUGAUUCUAUAGUCAACGGAUGUAACAAUGGUACUAAUACUGGGCCGCAGACUGAAUAGAGAGGAUAGCGGGGUCCGUGAUUCCCCUGCAACCAAACGUAAAGUUUUUGAAAUGGACCCAAAGUCCUUAUCAGGUCAUGAGUUUUUUGACUUCUCGUCAGGAUCAUCCCAUGCUGAAAGCAUACUCCAGAUCUUCAAUGAGUUUAGAGACAGCCGCUUGUUCACAGAUGUAAUUAUCUGUGUGGAAGGAAGAGAGUUUCCCUGUCAUCGAGCUGUUCUCUCAGCCUGCAGUAGCUACUUCAGAGCUAUGUUUUGCAAUGAUCACAGAGAAAGCAGAGAAAUGUUGGUGGAGAUCAAUGGCAUUUUUGCUGAAGCUAUGGAUUGCUUUUUACAGUACGUGUAUACUGGCAAGGUGAAAAUCACUACAGAGAAUGUGCAAUAUAUCUUUGAAACCUCAAGUCUCUUUCAAAUUAGUGUUCUGCGUGAUGCUUGUGCCAAGUUCCUGGAAGAGCAGCUGGAUCCUUGUAACUGCCUGGGAAUCCAGCGUUUUGCUGAUACACACUCACUGAAGACACUCUUCACCAAAUGCAGAAAUUUUGCACUGCAGACAUUUGAGGAUGUUUCUCAGCACGAAGAAUUUCUCGAGCUUGGGAAAGAUGAGCUCAUUGAUUAUAUUUGUAGUGAUGAGCUGGUGAUCAGUAAAGAAGAGAUGGUUUUUGAAGCAGUUAUGCGCUGGGUUUACCGUGCUGUUGAUCUGAGAAGGCCAGUGUUACAGGAACUUCUAACACAUGUGAGACUCCCUUUAUUACAUCCUAACUAUUUUGUACAGACAGUGGAAGUGGAACAACUGAUUCAGAAUUCUCCAGAGUGUUAUCAGCUGCUGCAUGAAGCAAGAAGAUACCACAUACUUGGAAAUGAAAUGAUGUCCCCAAGAACUAGACCACGCAGAUCAACUGGUUAUUCUGAGGUGAUAGUCAUUGUCGGAGGCUGUGAACGAGUUGGGGGGUUUAAUCUGCCAUACACUGAAUGCUACGAUCCUGUGACAGGAGAAUGGAAGUCACUGGCUAAGCUCCCAGAAUUUACCAAGUCUGAAUAUGCAGUGUGUGCUUUACGGAAUGAUAUUCUUGUUUCAGGUGGAAGAAUUAACAGCCGUGAUGUGUGGAUUUAUAACUCUCAGCUUAACAUUUGGAUCAGAGUUGCUUCCCUAAACAAAGGCAGAUGGCGUCAUAAAAUGGCUGUCCUUCUUGGUAAAGUGUAUGUAGUUGGAGGGUAUGAUGGGCAAAGUCGACUCAGCAGUGUAGAAUGUUACGAUUCAUUUUCCAAUCGAUGGACAGAGGUAGCUCCACUUAAAGAAGCAGUGAGUUCUCCAGCAAUAACCAGCUGUGUAGGCAAAUUGUUUGUGAUUGGUGGAGGUCCUGAUGACAACACGUGCUCUGACAAGGUUCAAUCAUAUGAUCCUGAUACUAAUUCUUGGUUGCUCCGUGCAACUAUCCCCAUUGCAAAGAGAUGCAUAACAGCUGUAUCUCUAAACAAUCUAAUCUAUGUCGCGGGAGGGCUCACCAAGGCAAUUUACUGCUAUGAUCCAGUUGAGGAUUAUUGGAUGCAUGUACAGAAUACAUUCAGCAGACAGGAAAACUGUGGCAUGUCUGUGUGUAAUGGCAAAAUCUAUAUCCUUGGUGGAAGACGAGAAAAUGGAGAAGCCACAGACACCAUUCUUUGUUAUGAUCCUGCAACAGGCAUCAUCACGGGAGUAGCAGCCAUGCCCAGGCCAGUAUCGUAUCAUGGCUGUGUGACUAUUCAUAGAUACAAUGAAAAAGGCUUUAAACUGUAAAGAAAGGAAAUCUUACGAAAGAAUGUUGUGCCUUGGUACAGGACAGAAUUUCAAAGAUUCAUAAAAUGGGAAACUGACUUUUCCUUCAGUGUCAUAUGAAACUAAAUAUCCAUGUGCCUUUUAAAACAAAAUGUUUUCAGUUAAUUAAAAGGUAAAAAAAAAAUAUCUACAAACAUAUCCAGGACCCGUUCAGACAUUUCUGGCUUGAUAGCGGUGAACUAAUAUUUACAUAGUUUUCCCCUUCUUUGUGAUCAGUAAUUAAAAUUUAGGAUGUUGUGUAGGGAAUGUGCCUUCACAAAUAGCUGUGCCUAUAUCUUAAGGACUGAUGUCUGUAUUAUUUUUUCAGUUAUUUCAGAGUCUGUUGAUUUUACCAAAUUGACCUACAAAAAAUGUGUUGGUUUAAAAGAGUGUAUAUCAUUCUGAUCAACAGGCAUGAUGCAGUGUUGUUGUAGCCAUGCUGGUCCCAGGAUAUUAGAGAGACAGAGUGGGUGAGCGCAAUAUCUUUUAUUGGGCCAACUUCUGUUGGUGAGAGAGACAAGCUUUUGAGAUUAUAUAGAGCUGAAGAAGAGUUCUGUGUAAGUUCAAAAGCUUGUCUCUCUCGCCAGAAGAAGUUGGUCCAAUAGAAAAUAUUAUCUCACCCACCUUGUCAGAAUGAUGUUCUUUUAUCAGAAAAUUGCUUGGCUUACCAAAUAGAUUUUUUUUCAUGAUCACCCACUACUAUAGAUCUGUAAAUGGAUAGGGAAUAGAGUGGCAUCAUGGUUGUUCUCUGAGCUACUGCAAAAAGUUGCAGUAACUAUUGUUUUCAUAGUAACAGACCUUAGUGUUGCUAAUAAUUUAUUAUAAGUCGUGCAAAUACUGGACUACAUGCAUAUGGAAAAAUAAUGACCCUUGCAGCAUAGGCACACUUCUGUGAAGCAGUUUUGUAUCCCAGUUCUGACCUCCUUGAGUUGUAAAGCUGAAGUCUGCUAGUUCCUGGUAUCAUUCUUUGCUAACUGCAAGGUACCUUUCAUCAUUCUACUGCAUGAAUAGACCCCUAGUCAAGGGGAUAUUCUAACUUCAUGAAUUCCACGGUGUAAACUCUGUGUUGAUAGAAAGAGCUAGGAACUACAGGCCUAACUCUGCUGUUUUAUAAAUUGAUCUUUGUGGUACCUCGUUAUGCGAAGUUCCAGGAUAUCUGCCAACUCUGUUUCUACCGAUUUCAGACAAUCACCUUUUCCAGUGCUAUUGAGCUCCCAUAAAGCCUAUAGGGGGCACGUGUGGACCUGAAAAUUUCCCCACAUCACCAGAACACUACCCAGGGACCCGUCCAUUUAACCAUGUGACUGUGUGAGGGGUAUAUUUUAACUUGUUUAGUUUUGAAGGCUUAGAGACUUCCAAAGUAUCCUCUGAAAUUUUGGCCCAUUGCUUUUCAAUGAAACUGAAAAUCUUGCUGAAGAUAUUCCUCCCAUUCCUGCUUAGAUCUCUAUAACAGAACUAUAUGUUUGUAUAGUUGGGGCACAAAUUCAUGAAACUGGACAUAGUGCUUUGGAGUUUGCAUGUGGAAGGGACGCUCGCUCCUUGCACCAAUUUCCCAUCAGAAGGCAGAGAGUGACACCAUAUCCUCUAUCCCCAUGAAGCCUCUCCUUACUUUAAGAACAUAAGAAUGGCCAUACUGGAUCAGAACAAGGGUCCAUCCAGCCCAGCAUCCUGUCUGCCGACACUGGCCAAUGCCAGGUGCCCCAGAGGGAGUGAACCUAACAGGCAAUGAUCAAGUGAUCUCUUUCCUGCCAUCCAUCUCCACCCUCUGACAAACGGAGACUAGGGACACCAUUCCCUUUGAACUCCCUUUAUGAGGAAUUCUGAGGAUAGCAGCCAGCCAGGAAAGCAGACAGUACUGGAGCAGAUGAAUGCAAAGGGCCUCUUCAAGGACAACCCUAAUCUCUAGCAGACCCAGGAGAUUUAUGGGUUCUGAACUCUUUGUUCAGUCUGUAGGAAAUAGGAACAAACCACAUGUCCGGAGCAUAAUCUGUUCUCCUUGGAAUUUCUUCUCCAUCUCCUUCCCACAAGUUUUCCCAUGAAAUAGGUAUUUUGGCUCUUGGCAUGGAAAUGACUCAUUUAGAGAAUCAUCAUUUUCAGUACUGAGUUACUGGUGAUAUUAUAAAGGAACACUGAGCAUUAACUGUGCAUUGUGCCAUUUCAUUUGUAACCUCAGGAACGUAUGCAGAUACAGAGGUAACUAGUGAAGCAGUCCCUGAGUGGUAUACACUCAGGUGGACCUAAAUUGGAAGAAAUGGAGUAGUGUAAGAAAAGUGAAUCAGAUAAAUUAAUCGUUUUCUGGAUUCCUUGGGUCCCUGUUCACCAAGCCAGUCUUUGAAAAUAUAAUUCCAGCACCUGUGAAUAAGGUCCAUUGACAGCAAUGGUAGUUACACAGUAACUGUUUUGUAGUAACAUGGUAAAUAGUUUGUGCCAUCAUUGUAAGUGAAAACAUAAUUAUGGAAGGAACACCUGAUUAGAAAUAAGAUAUUAAGAUAGAUUUCCAUUUCCCCCAACUUCCUUCCUUUUUGUAUUAAGAUACUGACUGUUGAUUGUUAUAGUAAUCUGUUCUGAACUGUUUUUUAUUUAGUAGAUAUAUUAUAAUGUUAUUUGUGUGGUGAUUACUUUUUAUUUGUGUUCAUAAGACUCUGUAAAUACAAACACAUUGCUUUCCUUGUGUCUGAAGAUUCAGUUUAUAGUCUAGAAUGUUGUCUUUUCUAUGUUAACUGUUUACAUGUAUCUUAUUACUGUUACAUACUAAUUUUGAAAGUAGCUGUUUACUAUACCAGUAAAUACAGACAUUUAGAUGUAGAAGAAACUUUUUUGCAUGCAGCUUUUUAGACCCUGUACCAGUAAUGGAAGAGGUAAUGUGUUGAGUAUAGCUAAAAUAGCAGAAGUAAUUUAUGCAGUAAUUCCUUUUUAAGUGAACAGUCAAUAUUUAAUAUUUUUGACUCAGUACAUAUAUAGUUGACGUUAUCACCCAUUCUGUCAAAGUAAUAAUUUUUAAAAUGUAAAAGAAAACUACUUGUUAUUGAAAAUCUAACAUGGUCUAGAGGGAUCUAUUAUAUAUGGAGCCACUUUCUUGGGUCACUUGUUCUCCAAGACGUUUCAGUUAGGGACAGAUGGAUUCAAAGAUUCACCAUCAUUCAAACCCAUUUAAUUGGAUCUUACGUGCCCUGAUGGACAAAAAAAAAAUCUACUUGCAUUCCUUGAGAGAAAAUACGGAAGUACCUUUCAGUCUAAUCAAAAGAUCUUCAUGAUGAAAAGUCACAACUUGUGCUAGCUCCCAGGGAAUGAGAUCUUCUCAAGGAUAUAAUUUCAAAAUAGCUAUGUUUGGGAAACAGGGCAAAAUCUUUUCUAGCUGUUCCACCCAUUUAAAAACUCACUGUUAAGUGUUUAUUUAAUGUUUGGCCAACAGAGAAAAGUAAUUUCCUUAAAUCUCAUAGCUUUAAAAGAAGCUAGAUUAAAAGUUUUCCUUCUGAGUUUUGAUGUUCAUGAGCUUUGUCACUCCACUUUUCGGAAUCUUGGCAUUGACUGAAAAGAACAUUGGUACUUAAUUGCAACUUGAUUUAAUUUAAGUAGUGCAUUCUAGAGAGGUCUACAACCUUUUGCUUUUAAACACAGCAUGCAUGACAUCAGUUUUAUAAUCACCAGCACGUUGCAUUUCCUAGAGUCUAGUAGUUGCUCAUUUUCUGGUCAGUUCGCUCAUACCCCGUAUGCCUUCAGAGUAGGCUGAACUUGUGGGACCUCUUCCAUAUGUACCAUUGGAUAGUUCAUCUUGCAGUGUGUGCAUCCUAUAUGAUCCAAGGAUUAAGCACUGUGUUUUCUCUCAUAACAGUGGAAGUUCAACAUAUUACUGAUUUUUGCCUCAUGCACUAAUACAGCAGCAUUAAAAAUUGUUUUGAUAUUCUUACUCCAUGGUGCACAGAUACCUUUAAUUCAGGAGAUGUUGAUAUGGACUCCUCCUAUAUUAAUUCAGCCAGAAUUUUUAUAGGAUUUUCAGCACUCUGUAAGCUUCAGGAAAAGGCUGAUGAUGGAGGAAAAGGAAGUGUUCAUCUUCACAGAGGAGAAGUUCAAAGAGGAAACUUUGGACAUCUGCGCUUUAAAGCAGGAGACACUGGUGAUUGUUAGCUAUUCUCUAGAAGACAGACUGAGUUCACUGCCUUAUCUUGUGUGAUUAGUCAGGUUAUCCUGUUUAAAUUGAUAAGGUGCCAGGACACAAGAUGAGAAAUAAUCAAUUCCUUACUAUUUAAGAUUCUUCUCCUCCUCCACAAUGUGUUGAUACUGCACUGGACCUUCAUUGUUCCCUACCAUAAAGGGGAGGUGAUGGAGUUAUAAACUAAUUCUCAUUCCAGUUCAGAAGAAAAUUUAUAGAAAGAAUCUGAAUAGAUGGGUGGGAGAGGUAACAGAUAAAUUCCAGUGCAUUCAUUUGAUAGUUGAGGUUGCUGUAACCAGGACUUUCUAGACACUCUUACAGUUCAUGAUCUCAGAUAUUGACUCAUUUAACAAAACAACAUCAUGUGUGGCAACUCGUUGUCUUCAGCUUUAGAGAAAAAGAUGCACAUGUUGAUAUGCUUGUGGUCCUUCUAGUGAUGAAGCUCAGGAGGAUUCAGUUUUCUUACUUGCUCUAUUUGGACGACGUUUUCUUUACAGUUGAAGGAGGCAAUCACCAAUUCAAGCAAAUUUUAAAACUUGCUCGACUUUGGUCUGGUCUACACUGGGUUGUGGGGGUGGGGGUUGAUGUAAGAUACGCAACUUCAGCUAUGAGAAUAGCGUAGCUGAAGUUGAUGUAUCUUAUUUCGACUUACCUACCUCCCGUCCUCACAGUGUGGGAUCUAUGGCCACGGCUCACCCAUCGACUCUGCUUCCGCCUCUUGCCCUGAUGGAGUUCUGGAGUUGACGGGGAGCACCUUCGGGGAUUAAUUUAUCGAGUCUAGACGAGACGCGAUAAAUCGAUCCCCGAUAGAUUGAUUGCUACCCACUGAUCCGGCAGGUAGUGUGGACAUACCCUUUGUCACUCAGAAGCAAGGCAGAUGUUUUCAUUUGAACUUAUUCUUUUGCAUAUGAGAAGGUACAAAUUAAAUUUGUUAGUGUAUCUGAUUAAAAAGUCUCUGUCCUAAGUACUGAAAGAGAAUCUGUUAGGCAAGGUAUAAUUUCAGGUAGAAGUAUGGUAUCUGGCAUGGAGCCAAAUAAUUAUAUUCACAUAUCUUGCAUACAAGUUUGUUGUUGUUGUUGUUUUUACAUAGUCUAGCCUUCAGGUAGCCUCAGUAAAAAUCCACUGCAAUCUUAGCUUUUUCUGAAUGUCUCAAUUCAAUCAAUACUAUUGCAAAAAUAGAAGCCAGCCUUCCACUGUCCCUCCAGGCCAGAUCUGUCAGUCACGAGUUCUCAAGGCACUGACAACACAUGGCAGCAGUUUUUCAUAACUGAUGUUAUGUACAAGAGUCCAGGUAACUUAGUAGUGUGUAUCCAUAGAUAACAUUGCCUGAGAGUUUUAUUUACAGGAAAUUCUCCUCUUUAUCAUAUCAUAAUGUUCAGUCAAUAUUUUUAAUUAUUUGUGUGUAUGUAUUAUGUGUGUGUGAUUAGAUUUUCUGAUCAUUUUGUGAUAGUGCUUAUGAUGAUCUUUUACAAAAAUGAUAAAUAGGUAAAGCCACUCUGUGCUGCAUGUAGGUAGCUGUACUUAAGUGAUGAUGGCAGAUGUGUAAUUGCAGCUUCUUUUGUACCACUGGUUCCAAAGAAAAGAAUGUGUUGAAAGUUGCCAAAAUAUGUGUGCCUUGAACUCACUAAUAUUUCAUCUACUUUCAGUAUGAGCUUGUAUUGUUCCUCCCGAAUAUUUUGUGAAGGUCAGUUUUACUGCCCAGAACAGUAAUGUCCUUGUCAAUGACAGUAAUCUUUACAUUCAUUAAUUUAAAGCACAAUUAAAUCAAUUUAUGCAGAAUAUGUACAUUUUGGGUUUUUUUUAAAGUGAUGGGGGAUUUAAUUGUUGGGGGGAUGUAAUAGUGUGCGUUUUCCAUUCUCUAUUUUCUGUUUCCACAACUCCCACUGUGACAAAGGAGAGUAAUGUUGCUGUUUUUAGCCAACUGUCCUUAAAGUGUACAGUGCAUUUUUUGUUAGUAACUUAGUUCAGGACUUGGCUGAAAUUUCUGUAAGAAAUAUCUUGUUUAGGACAACACAUUUCCCGCUCCGCCCCCUUCCCUCCCCCUCCCACUUCGAAGUAUGUAAUAUGAAGCAACUGUAUAAUGCAACCUGGCAAUAAGUGAGACUAAGAGACUUGAAUACAAUGUAUUGGUAUUCAUUUCAUAUGAGUGAGCACAUGACACAAGUGUCUUCUCCUUUCAGUGCACAUCCACAUAAUAACUUUGAGUCAUAUUAAUAGGCGUUACCUCUCCAGCGAAAGAGAAUACACCCACUAAACAACAGAUAUUCUUUCCACACUUGGGGUUAUGUUUUGUGUUUUCCUUUUUGGAAGCAGUUCAUUGUUGUUGUUGGGUUUUGUUUGGAGGUGUUGGCCAGUUUCCUUUUGUACAGAACAUUAAAACAUUUUGUUCCACCAGGAGCUAAUGUCAUUUUCAGGAACAAAUUGGUACAGCACAAAUCAGAUCUGAACAAAAGUGCAAACCACUUAACAUGUACCAGAAUCAGUUGAAUAUUACCUUGCACAAAGCCAAUUUUAGAGAUCUUCACUUUAUGUUGGCAGUGGAAAAAGAUGCCUUUUUGUAAUGUAGCACAGAAUUUCAAUAACGUUAUGUACUUGUUAUAUUUAAAUGUAUUUCUUGCAUAAUUCUUUUUUUUAAAAAUUAAGUUCAGUGUAUCUAAUAAACAUUUGUCUUUUGAA